CGCAUGCUCUCUGUGCGAGAAUGACAACAAGAUGGCGGAAGUGUGAGGAGUGUCCCAGCCCUUUGUCCGAACCGGGGCCUUUUCCUUAGUUUUUGCCCUUUCUCUGUGGGUCAAGAACGCCCACAAGCAAUCCGCAGAGAUGGCGGAACGGGUGGAAUGGGUCGAGAUCAUCGAGCCGAGGACUAAGGAGCACAUGUACGCCAACCUGAUCACGGGCGAGUGCGUGUGGGAUCCUCCGCCGGGAUGCAAAGUGAAGCGAACCAACGACAAUCAAUGGUGGGAAUUGUUCGACCAAAACACCGGAAGGUUCUACUACUACAAUGCCACGUCUCAGAGAACUGUGUGGCAUCGCCCGCAGAACGCCGACAUCAUACCGCUGGCCAAACUGCAGACUUUGAAGCAAAACACGGAGGUGCGCGAGGACUCGAGCCCCGACGAUGACCGGCCCAGGAAAGUCACUUGCGAGAUGUCCACCCAAACCUCCCCGGACGAUCUGGACGCCGAGAAUCCCGUGCCAUUGUACGAGGGGAGGUUCGCGAGCUCGCCGAGGUACCGCAGGGGGACGGAUUCCCCUUCCACCCGAAGACACGAACGGUCCGAGAGGCAGAGACGGAGCGAGCGGAGGAAACAUAGCAUGCAACAACAGACAUCCGCCUCCUCCCCAGAGACGCCUAGGGCGGAGAGGCCCAGGAUCAAAACUAACGGGACACACCAGUACAGAGGAAGUGAGGCCUCCCUUGCUGCUAAGAGUGCCAUGAGCCCUAGAGUGUCACACAAACCAAAGUUCCCGCAGACGUCAAAACGGCAAUAUCUCGCCCGACAGCAGGCGCAGGCCGAACGAGAAAUGAGGGAGGGUCACACGAGUCCAUACAGUACCUCAGACGGGAGCGAACACUCGACGCCCUCUAACAGUCACAGUCGACAGGGCAGCAAGACGUCUCUACAGAACACCUCGUACACGGCGGACGGCAGGAUGGUUUCGCGAAAGGCGAGUGUUACAUCACAGCAUAGUUACCCCAUGGAGACAUCAGAGGGGUCGCACAGUCGUCAAGGAAGUAUGAGGUCGCGCAAUCGGGAUGACGAACCAACAUACGUCAACACAGAGUUCCUUGCUAGGAUUGCCGCGCCAACCGAGCCGCUGACGGACUACCCCAGGCAAAAAUCGACGGGGCAGCAAGUUUCGCAGGACACACAGUCGUAUUCGUCCUCGUUCCAAACAGACCAGUACCAGUUCACCACGUUUGGUCACAGUAGACAGCGUGGCGGUGCGGUAGGGGACGGGCAGGUCAUCGGCAGCCCGCGGAUGGGCGUGAGUGUUGUAGAUAGAGAGCAGCAGUACACGAGCCACAGCAGGCAGGGUAGCGUGUCGUCCUCGCACCAGCGAGACGUGCCUGCCAGUCCGACGAUGGGACACGCCCACAUGUCAGUCACCUCCAGUUUUGCCCCGGUGCGGCAGAGUCCCGGCAGCCCUAUCUACUCCCACUACUCGCACGUGCCGGGAAGUCCUAGUUUAUCGCGUAGACACGACAGGGAAACGCCGGACAGCCCGAUCCUCGUCCGUUCGCAUCUCUCCGCGCCGGGAAGUCCUAGCUACUCCGACCCUGGCGACCACUUUUCCGCCAGGAAAGAUAGUUUUGUCGCUUCUCAACAGUCUUUACAUAGCAACGCUAGUAACUCUCUCCGCGAUGGGAGCUUCGAAUACGAGAGUGAUGGAGUUUUCAGUAGUCCUUCCCCUGGGUCGAAGAUGAUCCACGAGAACACAGAUCCCAACUCGUGGCACGCUUCGCUCAGAAGAAAGAAGUCAGACAGCUCGGCGAUGACAGCGCUAGAGAAGAGCCAGUCUCUUCAGAGCAACAUCUCUCCCCCUCCCCCACUCAUGCAAUCCCAGUCCGUUGAUCUGUCCGUCAAAGAUGGCCCGAACUUUCUUCAGCACGAUCCCCGCUCCUGCACGGUGCCUGGAAUGGCCAGGAGAUCGUCGGCCACAGCCAUAUCACCGCCCGGUGUGUUCAGGAGUAAGCCAUCGUCGGAGAGCGACAUCGAAAACUUUGCCCAGGAGCACUUGGCUAUUCCAAAGAAGGGCAUCUUCAAAAAGAAGGUGUCGGUAGCGAGUAUGCUGUCCUGGAGCAAAGAACCCAUCAAGCAACCACUUAUUGUGACAGAAGACAAGAUACUUAAGAAAGAAGCAGUGGAACUCUUCAAGUUGAUACAGGGAUACAUGGGCGACCGCAAGUGCAAGGGAACUUCUGACGAGAUAGCCUUGGAGCUGACUACGAAAGGUUGGAGCACCGCGGUGGUCAGGGACGAGAUCUACAUCCAGCUCUGUAAACAGACGACAGAGAACAAGAAAGCGGAGAGUCUUGAGAAGGGCUGGGAGCUGAUGGCCAUCUGCCUGACGUUCUUCCCCCCCUCCCCCAAGUUCCACAGCUUCCUGGAGAGCUACGUCACCAAGAACCAGGACCCCAUCGCCGACGUCAUGGUAAGGCGAUGGGAUUGGAUUGUGACUCGUGAAUCUGUAACAGGCACCAAGAAGCCCUCCUUCGAGGAGAUCAACCAGUCCCGGAACACCAUCUUCAACCCGUCCAUGUUCGGCACCUCCCUGGAGGAGAUGGAGAUGCAGAAGGACCGUUACCCGGACUACACGUUGCCGUGGAUACAGACCGUGCUGUCCGAGGAGGUCCUGAGGCUGCAGGGGACGGAGACGGAGGGGAUAUUCCGCGUCCCGGGAGACAUAGACUCGGUGAACGAGCUGAAGCUGAUGUGCGACCAGUGGCAGAUGCCGGACUGCGACGAUCCCCACGUCCCCAGCUCCCUGCUCAAACUGUGGUACCGAGAGCUCGCCGAGCCUCUCAUUCCCCACAAAUUCUACGAGGAUUGCGUAGAACACUACGAGGACGUGGAGAAGGUGUUGAACGUUGUGAACUCCCUGCCGGAAAUCAACCGCCUGGUGCUGUGCUAUCUCGUACGCUUCCUUCAGGUCUUCUCGGCCCCGCAGAACGUGACCCAAACGAAAAUGGACGCCAGUAACUUGGCCAUGGUGAUGGCCCCAAACUGUUUGCGCUGUCCCUUGGAUGACCCAAAGGUCAUCUUCGAGAACACCAGGAAAGAAAUGUCCUUCUUACGCACACUGCUACAGAACCUGGACACCAGCUUCUUGGAAGGGGUGCAGUGAGGCAUGCUGGGAACUGCAGGGGAUUAUGGGGGAACAUUGUCCCCCAAAUUGGGUAACAUUUUAUGACGAAGUACCUCGAUUGUGAAGAUAUUUAGAAGCAAUUGUAGUGUAAUUAUGUAAGUCUGAUGGAGGGUUGGUUGACCAAGUGUGAUCAGUAGAAAGGCUGUGAAGGAACAGAAAAGAAAGAAAAAAGUCAUGGAAAGUAGAAGGGAAGAGAGGAAAGACACGGGAGUAAAAAAUUAUGGUGUCACAGUGGGUGCCAGGAUUGUGCUGUCAGACAUCAUGACAGCCAGCCUGUUCCCCACACAGCUGUUGAAGAUCAUUGUCAUCAGUUGAUUGUGUGAAAAAAAAAGAGGUUGUGAAGAACUGAGUAAAAGAAAGGAUCUGUUUCAUGGACUACAGUAACUGUACUUAAAAUGCACUGUAAUUCAAAGCUAUCCGCCACAGUAUUGAUUGUGAUAGAUAUUUUUCUUAUAUGAAGUAUUUUAUUUUCCUCUAAGAGUCUGCAGGAAGGUUUGUUUUUGAAGCCAGAAAAAUUAAUUAACUUUUCAUUGAAGAUUAACCUUUAUGCUGUGUGAUAUGUUGAAUUGUCAAAGCAAAACAUUUUAAUUUUGUUAGGUUGGUUCCCUCUCUGGUACAAAUUGAAAUUUGGUAAGAUAAUACUACCCAAUUGUAUUAAUGACUAUGAAUUUGGUUCCCUCUGAAAUUAGGCUGGGGCACAGAGCAACGCCCAAUUUUCGUCACACAUGAAGUUAAUGAAACAGAUCCUUUUUCUUUGCUACGGUUUAUGGCUCAGAACAAGACAGUUGUUGUGAAAGACAUUGAAUCGUGAAAUAUAAGAAAGGCACUGAUACGGGUUAGAAGGUGGCCGAAGUAUCUUAAGGAGUCCAUCUUGUUAGUGUAACAAGGAGAGAAGUGAAUACGUUAGAACUAAGUAUUUGUACAUAACAGUGUACAGACCAAGAUUUCAACUUACGUUAAUAGUGAAGUUUAAUAUGAAGAGUAGUUGUAAGAGCACAACAUGCUUAUCUUGUACAUAGCAAUUCAAUGUGCAUAGGCAUAGUUAUAUGUAGAGUACGAAUGUUUGGUAGACGUAGAGUGCUUUAAUGUCGAUAUACGUGCGCUGGUUGCAGAUCCGCGAGACUUUGUAGUGACCAAGUCAGUUUCAGAAGUAGCUGCAUAUCUUAGAUUGGCAUUGAAGAGUAAUCAUGUCCUAAUGAAAUUUUUUAUUAAAGAAGUACAUACAAAUGUACAUAUGUGUGGUCAUGAAGUCACGGCACUUGCAAAAUCUACUUUGUCAACCCUGGGCGACUUAAUCAUGCCAUGCUGAUUGAAGACACAGCUUUUCUGGGGUGUCCGGCAAAUACUGCAACCGUUUACUUAAUACUAACCAAGCUAGCUGUGACUGUAGUGUGGUAGAAAAAGAAAGCUCUGCUGAAAUUGAAUCAGAAUCAUUGUUGGCAAAUUGGAAGAAGUAUAACUGAUUGGGAAUAUCUGAAGGUUUGUGUACUACUAGUGGUAGCAAUCAAAUCAUCCAGCUAUUAAGGUGUGAAUGAUAACUUUUCAGACGUGUUGUUUAAGCCUUUGCCCAACUAUCCAGACAGAAGUCAAGCUAUUCAGCUGCAAACUGUACAUUACAACACCACGUUGGUACUUAGUUCCGAUAAUGGCCUUCCUCAUUUGUUACGUACUUACCCCGCUACUAGCUGUUACUGCAUUGAUUUAGGUAAAUGGUGCUGUAAAAGAUGCUUGGAAGGACAUCAAUGCCUUCAGGAAUCAUUUUUCUUAACGAUGUGUACAACUUCAUUCUUGAAGUUACCAUUCAGUUGUCAGAUUUCAUGUAAUGUUAUUUUAUACAAUCAUGUAACCAAAAAUGCUUUUUAGUGCCCUAAGGUUAGUGUUAUCUCAUGUUGGUUCAAAGCUAACAUGGUGCAAAGUAUUCCAUUGUAGUGGUAAAACUAAAGGAUUAUUUGUGUUCCCUUGCAGUGCCAAAAGCUCCCGGCCUAUGCUUACACCGUAGCCAUGCAUACGCAUUACAUAAAUACUUACGGACUAUGUUGUUUCUGUCUUUCUAGACUUAUUUCAGAAGGUUCAAAAUAUAGAAGUGUUACAAAGAUUAUGAAAGUUGUUGCUCCUGGUUGCCAAAGUGGAAAUGUGCCCCCCCCCCUCUCCUCUGGGGAGGUCUUUAAUGGUGUUAUGUUGCCCCUAUGUGUGUGCCAUAAUGCACUAAUGUCUGGACACACAAUUAAUAAUUCAAGGCAGUGGGCAUAUGCAUAACUUUAGAAACCAGGACAUGUCAUAGACCUUGCUAAUUGUAAUUAUUAUGGCUCAGCUUUAUGCACAUCUACAAGUAUGCUUCAUUGUGUCCCCACAUUUAUGCCAGUGUUGCUUUUUUCUUUGUUUACCACUACAGGCUGAAAAUGAAUGCUGGUGCUUGAGUGUAUGUUAUGUCCACAAGUAACCUUGUACAGUGUACUUAGUUACAAAAUUUAUAUCUUAAAACAUUUUCUGCUGCAGCAGAAACGUAAUAUUGUAAAAUGCUGUAUUUUUGUUUCAGUCUGUUCCAAAGAAAUUUUUUUCAAAACCAUAUCAAGCAAACAUUGAGAGGUUAUUUGUCAACGUUUGCAAAUUAUAAUUAUUAUUUUCUGUAUCAUUUGAAAAGCUAUGUAGAAAACAUGCUUCCGGUGCUUGUGUAUACCUCAUACAUUUGUUUUAAAAUGAACAUUAUUGUGAAGGUUUGGUCAUUGAUGUUAAUGUAACCAUGCAAACAGAAUGUCAUCCAGAUGCAGCUUUUGACCAGAUUAUCAAACUUUAAGCGUAGAAGCGCCAUCUAUCUGUCAAGUAAUGUACUGCAGAAGCUAAGGUCUCCACUCAAGACAAAGCAUUUCACAUGUACUUCCAUCGAGCUAAAAUUUGGGACUUGGGAUUGCAAAUAACUGAUGGAAUGCUUCCAUACAAGAAUCUGAUCAUGAACCUGAAAUAGUUAACAGUUUUGAUAUUUUUGUCUUUCGCCCACUUUUUCUUCACCAGCCACAAAAUUUCUCUGCUAAGUAAAUACAUUUGACUUUUGUUCAUCAUCGUUGGCCUCCGUCCGUUUUGAUCAGCGAAUGGUUUGGAAACUUCAUGGCUUGUACCUUGCAAAAUAUUCAUUGUUCACCAGUACUUAAUCCAUUCUCAAUCAAUGACCAAGCUUGCUAGCCAAGUUACCAUCUUGUUAAGGCGAAUCAGUAGGCAACAUCGGGUAAACUAGACGGGAUGGUCCCAUUGCCACUUGCUUUUCUGUUGUACUGUAAAAAUGGACAUUGUCUUUCUUCUUCAGUACAAACUGAUAUGGAUUGUACCACUUGUAAUGGCAGAGGUAGGGAAAUGAAGUCUUAUAAAACGCCUAUUACAUGUACUUACAUGUUGUCAACAGAGUACUUGACUACAGGAAUAUCAAGAAACAAUGUUGCAGUAAAUGCUACCGUGUCUUCUUUACAACACAGCAACAACACAUCUGCUGUAGUGACCUGUUAGAGUAAGACUGACUGGAGUAGGCAAGUCCACGUAGUUCUCAUCUGGUAACAAGCUGUCCUUAAGUACAGCUAGACAAGAGUAGUCACAGCAUCUAACUGUAUAGGUUGCAUCAGAUGAAUUGUGCAUGAGUUACAGACAGGCCUGUCUGUCUGGAACCCGAUUCUGAAAAUUUAAUAAUUCGUCAAGUACUUAACAAUAAAGCGUUGAAAAGUGCUCA